AUGCUCGCACACACGGAGCGCACUGCCCGCAGACGGCCUCGUGGCUGCUGUCCACCUUCUUGCCGGCGCCCUCCAGACGGCCGCGAUCCGCCCCUCCCCACGAAGCCCUGCCCUGCCGCCAACGGCAAUGCCGCUGCCGCCGCUUCGGACCCCGAGUCCGAAUCGAGCACGAAGGUGGUUCUGAGCAAGACGCAACAGAGAAAACUUUUGCAUUUCGUCGGCAAUGCCGAUAUACGCAACGCGGGGACGGUGGAGGAACACCUGGAACUCGCACGGGACCCAUACUUGAACCGAUACGCCCAGCCCGAGCCCUCCAAAAUCGAAAUCAGCGACAGGGAGGCGGACAAUCGGUAUCCAUCAUUACAGCAAGCAGUCCGCGACGACAAAAGCCUAGGUGAGCUGCUGCAGAGGCUUAACGAGGCUGUGAACGUAAGGCUGUGGCAUCCUAGUAGGGUAAGCCUGGACGCCAUAUACGACUUGUACUUGACGCUGCCGGAGCCGAGGAUGAUUCAGAUGCCAGCACACUUGCGACAUCGGUUGCUCAAAGCGUUCGGCACACCAGUGAGGAGAAAUUCAAAGUCGAUGCUGCGCUACUUUUCCCUCAUCGGGGAGGUCAAGGAUAGUGGUAUCCCGUUGCGACGCAGCGAGUGGAACUUUGCUCUGUCGCUAGCAAGCCGAUAUGUCGGUCUCACGACCACAACGGAGACCGAGCAUACCCUGCAAAUAUGGAAGGAGAUGGAGAGGGAUGCCGGAGUACAAGGCAACGACGUCACAUUCAACAUUCUCUUCGACUCUGCUUCCAAGUCUGGCAAUUUUGAGCUGGCGGAGAUGAUAUACAAGGAGAUGCGGUCCCGGAAUAUCGAGUUCACCCGGUACCACCACGUCAGCUUGAUACACUUUUUCGGCCUUCAAGGGGACGGGGACGGCGUACGGGCCGCGUACAAAGAGAUGGUUGAGGACGGCGAGCUCGUGGACUCGACUGUUCUCAACUGCGUGAUAGCGAGUUUCCUGCGAUGCGGCGAGGAGGCCGCAGCCCACAGGGUCUACAAGCACAUGAAGCAGGCACACUCCAAGGCGGCCCACUUCCCCGACCGGCACUGGCACACGAAUGGCAUGAUCCUUCAGGUUCUCAAGAUGUUCACAACGAUUUCCAAGAAAGUCCCGGAGAUGCGGCCGCAGCUGCAGGAGCUCUCGGAUAUGAGGCCGGAUCUGCACACUUACAAAGUCCUCAUCAGUCACUACGGGACCAAGGGAGGCAACCUCGAGAGGAUUGCGCAGUACCUGGACGAGAUGAAGACGUACCAAAUCCCCGUACAUGGAAGCAUCUUCAUCAUGUUAUUCAAGGCGUUUGUGACUCACGGCGGUGUUUUCGAGAGCGAAUGGAGUCCGAGGCGUUUGAAUGCCGUGUUUCAAUCGCUUCUGACGGCUCUCGAUAACACACCCUGGCAGAGCCAGGCGAACGACGCACACGAGGGUAUCUAUCUCGACACAUGGCUCGUGAUCUGGGCUCUCCGCGCCUACAGAAAGUGUAACAAAAGCCACCAAGCAGUGCUGGAUGUGUACGAUCAACUGAAGUCGAGAUGGCUACUGGGUGAGGAUCAGGCCCAGUUCCUGGACUCCUACGUCAGCCUUUUGCUCGCUGGAAAGGAUCAUACAGUGUUCCCGAAAUUCGUCCCGAAGCCCAAGUCCAUUAGGCAUCGGCGCGUGUAA